AGCGGGACCGCGGGACUCCCCCGGUGCUGCGAGGGGCGCGGGGGCUCGCCGCCCUAGCCGCGCUCCUGGCGGUGAGGGCAUGGCUCCGCCCCUGGUUCCCGGCAGGGACUGUGCGGGCCGCGAGGACGAGGACUGCUGGGAGGCCCGCGGGGACCGCAAGGCCCGGAAGCCUCUGGUGGAGAAGAAGCGGCGUGCGCGGAUCAACGAGAGCCUGCAGGAGUUGCGGCUGUUGCUGGCUGGCGCCGAGGUGCAAGCUAAGCUGGAGAACGCCGAGGUGCUGGAGCUGACAGUGCGGCGCGUGCAGGGCGCCCUACGGGGCCGAGCGCGUGAGCGUGAACAGCUGCAAGCGGAAGCGAGUGAGCGUUUUGCUGCUGGCUACAUCCAGUGCAUGCACGAGGUGCACACAUUCGUGUCCACAUGCCAGGCCAUCGACGCCACGGUAGCAGCGGAGCUCCUGAACCACCUGCUUGAGUCCAUGCCGCUGCGCGAGGGGAGCAGCUUCCGGGAUCUGCUGGGGGACACCUUGGCAGGGCCACCUGGAGCCCCUUGGGGAAGUGGCUGGCCCCCCGGAGGGGUCCCUGGGUCCCCACUGCCCAGCCCUCCAGGCCCGGGGGACGACCUGUGCUCUGACCUAGAGGAGGUUCCAGAGGCUGAACUGAGUCGGGUGCCUGCUGAGGGAAGGGACUUCAUGCCUCCAGCCCUAGGUAGCCUGACUGUGGCCCGAUUACCCCAGAGCGUCUGGAGGCCUUGGUGACAAAUGCCAGCCAGGGACCUGCAGGCACUGGCUAGGCCUGCCUGAACUCUACUCCCUCAUCCUUGGGGUUCAGAUGUGGAGUAAGUUUGCAAGACAUCUCCUAGGUCUGCCCUUCCCCUUCCUCCAGUGGAUGGCUUGCAAGGCAGCCCCUGAUGACCAGCCCAGUCAGGCCCUAGUCCUGUAUCUUGAGGGAGUUACUUUCCCGGAACCUACAGCUCUGGGAUGGGUAGAGGGAGGGAGCUACAGGCAGGAGGAAGAAUUUGGUAGGCUACCAGGGCUCUCACACAUUCACCUGCGCUAGCCCUUUCUGGCAGUCUAGUGACGGGGGUAGAAGUGACAGAGUGAUGCUGAGCCUCCCCAGGGCUGGACACUCAGGCCACGGCCCCCUGAACAGAAGCUUGAAUUUGCCACUUCUGCCAAGAUCCUAGGGAGAGGCUAGUAGUUCUGCAGUGUUGCUCUGAGCUACUCUCUGUACAACUUGUUGGUAGCACACCUGAGUUUGUGAUUGUGGUUGCCAUCAAGGGUUCCAGUUGAAUUAAUAAAGAAUUUUGGAGUUAGCUACCCUUGAA